CAUACAACUUCAUAUUCAAAGUUUUGUGAGCGAGUAAGCCAGUCUGUUCUCUUUGUAAUCGCUCUCUCUUUAUUUGCGACUGUUCCUUGCUACAAUAAGUUCAAACUUUCUCUCCUGGCGGCAGUCUGAAGAUCAUGUCUUGUCACGGAGUCUCCACCGGUACUAUCAGCAACCUCAGGACUUAUCUCGUCCGCCGCCUCGACGGGGCCGAGCAAGACUACACUGUAGACAAGAAAUGCAAUGGAUCCGAGCUCCUAGAUAAGGCCUGCAAGAGCCUAGGCCUAAUGGAGAAGGACUACUUCGGCCUACAGUACACUGAUAAGAAUGGCGACCAUCUCUGGGUCAACCUGAGGAACCCUCUGGCCGAGCAGUUACCUCCAAACAGCAUCAAACCAGCUCUUGAAAUGAGAGUAAAGUAUUUUGUCCAACCACAGAAAUUGAUCCAACCAAUAACAAGGGUAUUGUUCUACAAGCACAUUCGUAAGGAGCUGAUCCUUGGCCGAUUAAAAGUCAACAGUGCCAAAGGAGCCCGCCUCACUGCCCUCAUUGCUCAAGUGGACUUGGGAGACUUUGCGUCCGGUUUCAACUACCGCCACAAGAUCCCCUGCAGCACCUCUGAGAUGGAUAACUAUGAUACUCGCAUUAGACGAGAGCAUCAUAAGCUGAUUGGGAUGUCCCCUGAUAUUGCUAUAGAGAAGUUCCUCAACGAGGCGGCAUCGCUGGAGCAUUAUGGAGUGGAGAUGUACCACGUGGUCUCUGGAGGUAGAAUAAAGCUUAUAGCCGGAGUGGGACCUACUUGUAUACUAGUGUUAUCACCACAGCUGGACGUAUUUGAAAGAUACAGUUACUCAGCCAUACAUUACACAGCAUUUCAUGGAAGGAAGUUCACUGCAAUGGCUCAGUCAGCAGACGAAGGUCCAGCACAGCAAAUAGAGUACGAGCUUAAAAGCCGUGGGGCAGCCCAAGCCUUGUAUCGCUCGGUGACAGAGUUCCAUACCUUCUUCCAACAGGAUAAGGUUUCCAGCGUAGUCAAGAAUGCUGGAUAUUGCAAGUCUAUAAUCGGGUCUUUUAAGAACCAGUCGCCCGAUCGGUUUUACUUUGAUGUGACGAAAACCCACAAAGAAGUAGUUAAUUAUUUAUGGCCAAUUCUCAAUCCUAAUUCUCAUUCGUCGAGACCACUCCCACCUCCUCUACCGUCCUCCGGGUUCCCAACGACCAGUAUGAUGUCACUGGCGUCCCAGCGUUCCACUCGUAGCCUCCCCAACCACCCUCCACCACACAGGCACCACCCACGGGCUCAACCAAACAUGCCUAGGAGUGUCUCGUCCGAUAAUACAACAUUCCGUCGGGUCCAGCCACCUCCCCCUUUCCUUCCCCCAGCCACUCCUCCUCGUAACACGCCCACUGGUAGUAGGAGGGGCUCUCAUGAGAUGCCACGCCCACCAUUGUCUCCUUUUGACCCAUACGCUAGCAGUGUGGACUCUGAGAGCACCUACAACAGUGGGGCGGAGUCUGACACCUACGUAUGCAUGAGGAGCACAGGUAGCUACAUGAGGAAUGGGUCCGAUACAUACGCCCCCGGGGGAUCUGAUUACUCAAGAACUGGUUCUGAUACGUACGCCCCUGGGGGGUCUGAUUAUUCAAGAACUGGGUCCGAUACUUAUGCCCCCGGGGGGUCCGAGACAUACAUUAACAGUGGGACGUCGGACAUUAGUUGUAACUCUAUGGACCGGGCCCCCUCACCACCCCCCUCUUACUCUGAGGUGGACCCAAACUCUGAGGUCCCUUCUCCUCCUCCUCGUCCGUUCACCCUAAACCCAACCUCCUUUACAAUGACCGGGGUCCUUCAGAGCGGAGCCGAUCACUCUACGGAGCAUCAUAUAUUCAAUUUUGAUACUCAAGAUGUUCUCAGUCGUACGAGAGAACUCGAGAAUGAGCUCCAGAGACUUCGGACGGCCAUGACUUGUAGAGUGUGUCGUACCCAACCCCUGGGGGCUACAUUUUGUCCGUGUGGUCACACAAUUUGCUGUUACAGCUGUGCAGUGAGGCUCAGACAGUGCUGGCAGUGUGACGUACCUAUCACUAACGUCCAGAAAAUGGUUCUGGCAUGAGAAUAACAUGAUUAACUUAACAAUGAUCAUUAUAAACUAGUAUUAUACUCUCUUCUCUUUUCUUCUUUUUGAAACAACUCUUUGAUCUUUCAUAGCUAGUUAUUUCUCUCUCUCUGAUUUUUAUUUGAUGGAAUAUCUCCUCUACUCUUGUUUUAUAUAUACACCUCCUUUUGAUGUUCAUCAUUUUAAAAUAAUAAUUAAAUAAUA